GACGACAUCUUGGAACUUCCGGAACAUCAGAAAAGUUACGAUGAGCUUAAGGCCGUCGUCUUAAAGCGAUUUGGCAUAUCAGACCAUGCUCGCGUCACGCAGCUUCUUAACGAAACCGAGCUAGGGGAUCGAAAGCCUUCGCAGUUGCUGCACAAGAUGCAAGCUCUAGCUAAGCCUCUCGCUGUUGGCGACUCUUUCCUUAAAGAGAUGUGGCUUCGUUGCCUGCCACGUGACAUGCGCAAUCCCUUGUAUGCAAACGAUGCGCCUCUUCCUCAGCUCGCCGAUAUUGCCGACCGUAUUUGGGAAUCCAACGCCCAAAUAUCUCAGGUUCAGUCUACCUCCAGUACAGAGGUAGCAGAACUAAGAGCGCAAGUAGCCGCAUUGACCAACCGACUAGAGAAGCUAACACAAUCCGGAUCCAACCGCCGAAAUCGUUCCAGUAGUCGCAGUCCUCCUAGAUCACAUUCGAAAUCUCCCCCUAGGUCAAGCUAUUGCUGGUACCACGAGCGAUUUGGUCAUCAGGCCAGAUCGUGUCGCCCGCCUUGUUCCUUCAAGCGCAACACGCAGGGAAACGGGUAGGCCAGCACGUAGGGGCGACGGACGUUGCUGGCUGCCCCAGUCGCCUUUUCUUUGUCACCGAUCGCAGUACGGGAGUACGCUAUCUCGUUGACACCGGCGCAGAAGUCAGCGUUAUCCCACGUGAUUCUAAUGAUAUCGAAGAGGCGACCGGUUCAUUGCGCGCAGCAAACGGCACCACCAUUCGCGUGUAUGGUCAACGCUCGCGCACGCUUAAUUUAAACCUACGACGUUCAUUUAAAUGGAUCUUCCUCGUCGCAGAUGUCCAGACGCCAAUUCUUGGCCUUGACUUUCUGCAGCACUUCGAUUUACUUGUUGACGCGAAGCAACGCCGUCUGAUCGAUCGUCAAACAAACCUGGCAGUUAUAGGUACUUUGACCGACAUAGAGUCAAUCAGUCCUGUAUACGCCAACCUGUCAAGCUCGCCUAUCGGUCAGAUGCUUAAUACCAAGUUCCCGCAAGUCUUUCGUGCAAUGGCACCGUUUUCAUCCGCCACUGAUGCUGCGAAACAUCACAUCGUUACGAAAGGUCCGCCUGUUUUUGCCAAAGCCAGGCGAAUGACCCCUGACAAGUUGAAAAUUGCUCGCGCAGAAUUCGAGCACAUGCUUGAACUAGGCAUCGUUCGCCCGUCUAAAAGUCCCUGGGCGUCGCCGCUCCACAUGGUGCCCAAAAAGUCAGGAGACUGGCGUCCAUGUGGUGAUUACCGCGCGCUCAAUAACGUUACUGUUCCCGACCGAUAUCCGAUUCCUCACAUUCAGGACAUCACGGCAAGCCUGCGCGGCACCCGUGUGUUCUCGAAAAUCGAUCUGGUUCGCGCGUAUCACCAGAUUCCAGUCGCUGAGGAAGACAUCCCGAAGACUGCUGUAAUCACGCCGUUCGGGCUGUUCGAAUUUUUGCGUAUGCCGUUCGGUCUUCGCAACGCAGCCCAGACUUUUCAACGACUCAUCGAUUCAGUCACUAGAGGUCUAAAUUUCGUUUAUGCAUACAUCGACGAUAUCCUAGUUGCCAGCGCGUCUAAAGAACAGCACGCAGAACAUCUCAAAAUACUUUUCGAUAGGCUGGCCGCUAAUAGCAUCACUGUCAACCCUGACAAAUGCAUAUUUCAGCAGCCUUCCGUCGAAUUCCUUGGCCACCAUAUUGAUCAGUAUGGUAUACGGCCUCUAGACGAUAGAGUCCGCGCCAUCAGAGACUUUCCGGUUCCGACUACGUUAGCCGCUAUUCGCCGUUUUAACGGCAUGCUCAACUAUUAUCGACGUUUUCUUCCACACUGUGCCAAUUUGCUAAGUCCACUAACCGACCUACUUCGUGGACGUAAAACGGUCAGGUGGAACUGACUGCCGCUGCUGCUGAAGCUUUUAAAGCCAGCAAAG